AUGCUUCUGGGAUACCAUCUGCUCUGGUCCACGACAGCUCGCGUGGUCGGCACAGAUGCGCAGGUCGACCGCACCGAGGAGCUAAUUCUCAAGAACAACUACUUUGUUGGCGGCGCCGUCAACCCCCGUGACAGCGACUUGAAAAUUUCAAACGAUGGCGACAACAUUGUUUUCAAUGGAUUCAAAUUCUUCAACACGGGCGGUGUCAUUUCCGACCUCACCGUCUUGGAAGGCGUGUACGAGGACACGUCAGACCACAUCUUCGCCAUUGUCAAGACGGACCAAUCGGGAAUCAACUUUGGUCAUGACUGGGACAAUGUCGGUCUGCGUCUGACAGAGUCGGGCAGCGUCAAGAUUGAAAAUGUCAAGGCACCGUGGGCGGAUGCACUGGGCUGGGAUGCCUCAUCCAAGAAGCCCGACCCGGCGGUGCUGGGCAUUCCAUUUGGCUCGCUGCUAUUGCCGACCAUCCAACUUGUAUUCAGCAACUUUUACAUUGGUAUUGCCUGGGGAGCACUGAAUACAGCAACGGCUUACACGAACUCGUCUACCCGCGCCUGGCCAUUUGGCGGCGAUAACAAGGAAAAGCCACAAGAAGAGUUCUACAUUCUCUCCACAUAUGGCAACUUCGUGGCCCACCUCCGCGCCGCCACGGCACUUGCAGAAAAGGCUGGCCAGCAGAUUGAUGCGGCUUACGACGGAACGCAGAACAGCGUCCUGGAUCGCGCCAAAGUGACUGCCCAGGCUCGUGGUGAAGUUGCGGAAUGGGUGGCCAGCGUCAAGGUGGUGGCGACCGACGUCGGCCUGCGCGUCACGUCGGGCGUGUUUGAGGUGACUGGUGCCAAGGCAACGGCGACCAAAGUCGGGCUGGACAGGUUCUGGCGCGACAUUCGGACGCAUACGCUGCACGACCCAGUGGCUUACAAGAACAGGGAGCUGGGUAGAUAUCAGCUCCUGCAAGAGAUUCCGGAGCCGACGUGGUACACGUAA